AUGGCCACAGAGCGGCAGAGCGAUAGCACCGACCUGUACCACCAGCUGGACACUUAUCGGUGGGACCAAGACGAGGAGUUCCAAGGUGGUUUACGCGCGAUUCUAGGCUCCGUACAAGAUCCGCAGCAGGUCGACCACCUCACGUUAAGAGCAAAGUGCUACUAUUACGCGAGAAAGGCAGGCACGCCGGUUGAUUUCGAUGGCUAUAAGAAUUGGGUGGAGGCGCGAAGAGGAGGAGGAGGCUCGACAAAUGGAGUAGAAAGUGCAGGACAUGCUUGGAGUUCUGAAGCUGCUACCCCGAAUACCGAAUCUUCCGGUGGCAUGGGAGACGCACCGAAACCCGCGAGCUUCGCCGAGAUCUGCGACAUGAUAGCUGAAGGAAAGUCCAUUCCUGGUAUCAAGGACAUUCCAGAUACCAUUCUCGAAGGCCAUGCUUCCGAGAGCCAGGCGGAGCGGAGGAAGAAGCCAUGGGAGAGAGAGGAAGUAGCUGCGGCUGAAGACAAGCCCAGUUGGAUGACUUGA